AAUGCCAAACAAGUCCACAACUUCUCAAAACUAACCAGUUUGGCCCAAAGUACAACUUAAUCUCUAAACAAACUUAACAGACGUUAUUUUUUAACUCUCCCUUCUCUCUCUUCUCCUCUCUGACCCAAACUUCUCUUCUCUCUUCCGUAGUGUCUAGGCCGAGCCCAAGUCGGCGUUGUUUCAAAACAAAACCCUAACCCAGUAAUCGCUUCUCUUCGCUUCUCGAUUCCACUCUCUCUCUCUCUCUCUCUCUCUCUCUCUCUCUCUCUCUCUCUCUCUCUCUCUCUCUCUCUCAUAUUAACAAAAACACACAGAAAACCAAAAACAGAGAGUUUUUCCAUUUUGAGCCUCUCUAAGAGAGAACACAUAGAAAAGAGAGGCAAAAAAGAGACAUGGAUUCAGACGAAGGAAAGCUAUUCAUAGGACGCAUAGCAUGGGACACCAGCGAAGAAAUCUUGACUGAGUACUUCACCCAGUACGGUCAAGUCACCCAAGCCGUUAUCAUGUGCGAGAAACCCACUUGUCGCCCUCGUGGUUUUGGCUUUGUUGUCUUCUCUGACCCUUCUGUUCUUGACCGUGUCCUCCAGGAUAGGCACACCAUCAAUGGCCGCACCGUUAGUCUCUUUCCUCCCUCUAUUUGCAUUCACUUUCUUGUUUCAAUUUUUGGUUUUCAGUUGUUUUUUGUAUCUGGGUUUUGGUUUUUGAAUUGGUUUGAUUUGGGUGGCUGUGACUGUGACUGUAAAUCUGUGGUGGUUGGGCUCCUAUUUAUGGUUUUGGUUUGUGGUGGUGGGCUUUGUGACGAUGGUGGUGAGGCAGUGGUUUUGGCCUCAACGAGUGGUGGGUUAAGAUAGGGUGAGAAGAGACAAGAGAAUUUUGGGUUAGAAAGGAGAAGAGACAGAGGGGAGAGUUAAAAAAUAACGUCUAUUAAGUCUGUUUAGAGAUUAAGUUGUACUUUGGGCCAAACUGGUUAGUUUUGAGAAGUUGUGGACCUGCUUGGCAUUACUCCAAACCUCAGGGGUAGUUAGUGAAAUUUACC